UGCGGACGGGUGGGGGUUCAAGCAUCCAAGGAGUCCCGUGGUUGAAGCUUCGGCGUAGCCGGACCUGCUUGGGCACUUGCUGACACCUCGGCCGCAGGAGCCGGAGCUGCGGCCGCCACGAUGAGAGAUGACAAUGCAUAAACUGAGCCUGAAAGGUAUAGGCCUAACAGUGUUAGUGUGGAGCACUUACGAUGGUUAUUUCUAAUUUCUUCAGUUUAGAAGUGUGGCUGAGAACUUGAUAUUAAAUCCAGAAAGAGUUUUCUUUUAACAUGUUUGAUCAUCCAAUACCCCGAGUUUUCCAGAACCGUUUCUCAACUCAAUAUCGUUGCUUCUCAGUGUCCAUGCUUGCAGGACCUAAUGACAGGUCAGAUGUGGAGAAAGGCGGGAAGAUAAUUAUGCCACCAUCUGCUUUGGAUCAAUUGAGUCGACUUAACAUUACCUACCCUAUGUUGUUUAAGCUGACCAAUAAAAAUUCAGAUCGAAUGACACACUGUGGAGUGCUGGAGUUUGUAGCUGAUGAGGGCAUUUGUUAUCUUCCACACUGGAUGAUGCAGAACUUGUUGCUGGAGGAAGGAGGCUUGGUGCAAGUAGAGAGUGUCAAUCUUCAAGUGGCUACUUACUCCAAAUUUCAACCACAGAGUCCAGAUUUCCUUGACAUCACCAAUCCCAAAGCUGUAUUAGAGAAUGCACUGAGAAAUUUUGCCUGUCUAACCACCGGGGAUGUAAUUGCCAUCAACUACAAUGAGAAGAUCUAUGAACUUCGGGUGAUGGAAACCAAACCUGAUAAAGCUGUGUCCAUCAUAGAGUGCGACAUGAAUGUGGAUUUUGAUGCACCCUUGGGAUACAAAGAACCAGAAAGAAAUACACAGCACGAGGAGACCACAGAUGUUGAAGCAGAUCACAGUGGAUAUGUGAGUGACAUAGGAUUUCGUGCAUUCUCUGGCUCUGGAAACAGAUUAGAUGGCAAGAAGAAAGGUGUUGAGCCUAGUCCGUCGCCAAUUAAACCAGGAGAAAUUCGAAGAGGGAUACCCAAUUAUGACUUCAAAAUUGGUAAAAUCACCUUCAUCAGGAACUCACGGCCACUAGUCAAGAAAGUUGAAGAGGAUGAGUCUGGAAGCCGGUUCAUUGCAUUUUCAGGAGAAGGUCAGUCCCUGCGGAAGAAGGGAAGAAAACCAUAAGUUAUGGAACGUUUAGCCAGCUGGGAGGAAAAUAAAGUAAUACUCAGCAUAUUUGGAUUUUAGUUAGUGUGGUUAAGAGGA